ACCAAAGUCCAAAUAGUAUCGAGCCAUCGAAAAACAUGACCCUUUUUGAACAAGAAUGGAAUGCAAUGGCUAAUCGGACUCUCGAGUCUGCAAAAGAAGCUGAAACUUCCUCAGUACUUAAAAUUUCUGCACCUCCUCGACCUCAAGCUCAGAGAAAGGAGAGCUCUAUAACAGAAAAGAAAGGAAGAAGCAUUGGAUAUCGUGGAAUUAUCGCAAUAAUUGUGGUUCUUACUUUCAUUAAUCUUUUGGUGUUUAUUGGCUAUAUCAAAGUCUAUGGACGGAAGAAAGAAUCAUACAACAAAAUCAAUGUUGGUAGUGCAGAGUACUCUGAUUCUGAUGGUCAAUUUAUGUUAAGGUUUGAUAUUGGUAUGAUCUUAAUGGCAACCAAUGACUUCUCGUCCGAAAAUACGCUUGGCCAAGGUGGAUUUGGUACGGUCUAUAAGAUGAUAAGUGGUGAAAGAAACAAUAGCUUCGAAGGAGAAGGACUUGCAGCUUUUGCAUGGAAAAGAUGGGUUGAAGGAAAGCCUGAGAUUGUAAUUGAUCCUUUCUUGAUAGAGAAUCCAAGAAACGAGAUCAUCAAGUUGAUCCAAAUUGGUUUGUUGUGUGUUCAAGAGAAUGCAGCAAAGAGACCAACCAUGAGCUCUGUAAUAAUUUGGCUUGGCAGUGAGACUAUCAUCAUUCCUUUACCUAAAGCUCCUGCUUUCACUGGAAGUCAAUCCCAAUCUGAAAAUGGUAUAAUGUCAAUGAGCGACGAUGUCUUCACAGAGUUGAGUUGUCGUUGAGUUCAUUUAGCUAAUUCAAAUGUUGUUAAGGUAUAACUGUUGUAUAUGUCAUCUAAUAGAAAUACGUUUAGAUAUUUUGAGUGAAUGUAAGGAGAUUAAAAAAUUGUAUGAAUU